UGUAAAUGAGGAGGCCGCCCGGCGGGGACCGGCGGCUGCGCGCGGUGCCCGUAGGAGAGCGCGGGAGGAUCCGCCGGAGCGGAGCGGGACGGGCCGGGUCGGGUCCCGCCGCCACGUGCCGCCAUGGAGCUGGAGGAACUGGGCAUCCGCGAAGAGUGCGGCGUGUUCGGCUGCAUCGCCUCCGGAGUGUGGCCCACCGAGCUGGACGUGCCCCAUGUGAUCACGCUGGGGCUGGUGGGGCUGCAGCACAGGGGCCAAGAGAGUGCUGGAAUUGUGACAAGUGAUGGAGAGUCAUCCCAGGCAUUCAAAGUGCACAAGGGAAUGGGUCUUAUAAAUCACGUGUUCAAUGCAGACAGCCUGAAGAAGCUGUAUGUUUCAAACCUUGGUAUCGGGCACACCAGGUACUCUACCUCAGGGAUCUCUGAGCUGCAGAACUGCCAGCCUUUUGUUGUAGAAACUCUUCAUGGAAAGAUCGCUGUGGCACACAAUGGGGAACUAACAAAUGCUGUACGACUGAGGAGGAAGCUUAUGCGGCAUGGUGUAGGAUUGUCAACCAGUUCUGACAGUGAAUUGAUCACCCAGCUGCUGGCUUUCACACCUCCUCUAGAAAAUGACGACACUGCUGACUGGGUAGCAAGAAUUAAAAACUUAAUGAAUGAAACUCCAACUUCAUAUUCAUUGCUAAUUAUGCACAAAGACAUAAUCUAUGCAGUACGUGAUCCAUAUGGGAAUCGUCCACUCUGCAUUGGUCGCCUUAUUCCAGUAGGGGACAUGAAUGGAAAAGGAAAAGAUAACAGUGAAACAGAAGGAUGGGUAGUCUCCUCUGAAUCCUGUAGCUUUUUAUCUAUUGGUGCCGAGUACUAUCGUGAGGUACUUCCUGGAGAGAUUGUGAAAAUAUCCAGGUAUGAUGUCCAAACAUUGGAUGUUGUACCAAGACCAGAAGGAGAUCCGUCGGCAUUCUGCAUCUUUGAAUAUGUUUAUUUUGCAAGACCAGACAGUAUCUUUGAAGGUCAAAUGGUGUAUUCAGUCAGGAGGAGAUGUGGCCAGCAACUUGCUAUUGAAGCACCUGUGGAGGCAGACCUGGUCAGCACUGUUCCAGAGUCUGCAACCCCAGCAGCUCUGGGUUAUGCUCAGAAGUGUGGACUGCCAUAUGUUGAAGUACUCUGUAAAAAUCGCUAUGUAGGAAGAACUUUUAUCCAGCCGAAUAUGAGAUUACGGCAACUUGGUGUUGCAAAGAAGUUUGGUGUUCUAUCUGACAAUUUCAAAGGCAAGCGAGUUGUUAUCAUUGAUGAUUCAAUUGUGAGGGGCAAUACUAUCUCUCCCAUAAUAAAACUGCUAAGGGAAUCAGGAGCUAAAGAGGUGCAUAUUCGUGUGGCUUCACCUCCCAUAAGAUUUCCGUGUUACAUGGGAAUAAACAUUCCAACAAAAGAAGAACUGAUUGCCAACAGACCUGAAUUUCAUGAUCUUGCAAACUAUAUAGGGGCUGACAGUGUCGUUUAUCUCUCUGUGGAAGGGCUCGUAUCGUCUGUGCAAGAAAGCAUCAAAGCACGAAAAGAGAAUGAGAACAGCCUUAAAACCCAGAAAUCACGUCUUGGAAAGAUUGGUCAUUGCACUGCAUGUCUCACUGGAGAGUAUCCUGUAGAGCUAGAAUGGUGAAUUUUUAGUGGAUGGACUUUGGUUCAUCCAUUGAUGAAUGUACCUGUUUCAAAGAUGCCUUCCUGCUAAUAGCAUUCUUACCUGUAGGUACUAUGUAAAGCUUACCAGAGCUAACUAAUUACUGUUACUAAUGGCUUAGAUAAAGUCUGUGCUGACAAAAACUAUCUAAGCAAAUUAAAAUAUAAAAUCAUAUAGUUUUGAAGCACGGUUGUGCUUUCUAUUUUCUCAUAAAAUAUUGUAAAAACCAAAGUGUUUAUAAUUAUUUACCAUUCCCAAAGCUUUUUGUUUCAGUCUUGCCCUGAAUGCGAGAUAUCCGUGUCAGGUUUAUUCACAAAGUUGGAAGUACAAAUUAUAAAUCAUGUGGUGUAAUUUCAAAUUAUCAAAAUCAUUACAAGGAAUGUGAAGCCUGCUUUCUCUCUCUUGAAGGAAAUCUACAGAGUCAAAUUGUGCUUCCUUGGCAGUUUUUGCUUAGAUUUAAACAUAUAUAUAUAUAUAUAUAUAUAUAUCUUACUAAAUAGCCAUAUAUAUAUAUAUAAAUACCAUAUACAGCUAAAUAGCCAUUAUUGAUCAAGCCCUUUUUAACUAAGUGUCCAGAUUCCAUGAACGUAAUGUCUGGUACAUAAUUUUAUGAAUGAACACUCAGGGAGAUGCUAAGCCAAAAGCUUUCUAUGUUUGUAACGUCAAAAUUCUUUUCUGAAGUCCAACAUAAAUCUUCAUGUGUUUUCCAGUGGACAAUAGGACAAUAGGAGAAAAACACUUGGCACGGCCAUUUUUUACUUCUUGUUCACAUCUUGUUUUCUCCAGGACAAAACCUGACAAUUUCUGAAGUCUGAGCUAUUACUCAUUGUGCUCUGUCUACGUUAGCAUCCAAACUUCAGUCAAAAAUAGUUGCUUUCUUAACAGUAAGCGUGGUAGUAACAAAAGAAGAUUGUGUUGUUUUGGCCAGACUCUUCUUUUUACACAUCACUGCUGUUAAAAUAAAUGUAACGUUUUAAAAGAGUUUUGAAGAACCAUCAGUAUUGUACUUUUUAAUUGUAUUGGCGUAACAUUGUUUAAUUGGUCACAGUUAGUUACUUGUAUACAUAAAAAUCGCCUCAAAAUGAACCACUAGCUGAAAUAGAAAAGCACCUUUUGAAAACUAAUGCAAAUGUACGCACAAUUGUAAAACAUAUUUUGUUUACCUCUGUUUUUUCUCACAAAGUACCAGCAGCUCAAUUUUAGAUUAUCUAUUUAAUAGCGUGUACUUUGGCCUUACAAUUGCAUGUGACACCGCUACAAAAACAAGAGAAAAAUAAAAGUUUUAAGAGCUUUUUCCUUCCCCAUCUUACACAUAGUUGAGAAUUACAGCACUGGUCAUUGUAUUAAAAAUUGAGUUUCUGAAGUGGAAUUUGUAGCAAUUGUGCCUGAUAUGUGAUCACAAAACAAGUCUCAAUUCAAGAAAGGAUGUAAAUCCUUUCGCAAGACUGAGCCUUGUGGAGGUUCCGUGUGGAAUCAGAACCUACUUGCAGUCAAGCUAAUGGGAAAAUCUAGUUUAUUCUGAGAAUUGCAUUCUUUGUAAAAGUCGAGAUCUGCUUAUUGGGAGAGGUACGUGGAUCUCUUCUGUUUCACAAGUGUUUUUAACAGUUCCAUUACCUGGACAGCAAAGUGAGCAAAGAAAAGAAACUGGAUGCAAUCUCUCCGACCCCCACUCUUCCACACUAGGAGGGAGAAGUGUGUGUAAACUGAAAAGAUUCAGCAUUUUUUGCCCUUCUUUCCAGCCUUCAAAAAAGCAAACAUUCUUAAAAGGAUAAAUUGAGUUCUUGUGUUAAAUGCAUGUGAGGGGAUGAAACCAGUUGCACAAUUUAAUAACACUGCAAGCAGAAUUCAAUCCAUUUGAAGUUGUCUAGUAGAACAGAUUGCAACUUAGACCAUUUUUAACAAACUUUCAACAAAACUGCUAUUUUUACAUGUGGUAAGAACUGUGUAAAUGUGAUUUGAACACCAGGUGGCAUAAAUCUGAUUUCAGUGAGAGUCAUAAUCCCAUUUUUCUCCAUGAAACACAUGACAUUACACAGCACUGCCAUCGUAUGCCCCAGAACUUUUAGUUACGCUGCAAGCCUCGUUGUAAGGAUGUAUGUCUUAAACUUAAAGAAUGCUUUUCUAGUGCCACCGUAUUCAGUGAGCAAUGGCAGGUUACUGGGCUUCUCAUGUAUCACAUACAGCAACUUUGAAGGGAAGAACUCUGGUUCUAGGCAUUGCUAUUUGUAUUAUUCCAAUGCUUCAUUACAUAACGCUUUCUGCUGUCAUUACCAACGUGCGACUGUGCUACAUUAUCACUUCUGAAGCGUGACAAAGGAGCAGAAGCUAAUUUCUAACUUCUCCCACGUGCAACAUUAAAAACGAUGAACUAUU